AUGAAGCUUUACGGCCACAUUCUGGUGGCUUUGACCGCGGCCAUCCCGGCGCACGGACAAACCCCAUCCUCGACCUCGUCCAGCAAGCCCACGACGACAGUCUCCGGCCUUACAGCCACCCUCACAUCGUCCGCCUCCACCUCCUCAUCAACCUCUCAGGAAGGAUGUCCCACCGUGACCCUCACCAGCAACAUUUGCCACUCGUGCGCGACGCCCGACUGCGUUGAGCUGGAGCCCCUCACCCAGUCCUGCGACUGCCCGUCCGCCAUCCCCACCGUGUUCGUGGACUACCCUUGCGAGUCCGGGUGCGGCGGGAUCGGGUGCGCCGCCAACUACGUCUUCUUCACGGCCAACUGCACAAGUGAUUCCUCGAGCUCGUCGUCGACCUCGUCCGGCGCGGCGUCCGGCAACUCGACUGCGUCGGCGACUGGCACUGGGCUCGGAGGCCUCAACUCCACGGCGAGUGGGGUAACUUCGUCUGGAACGUCGACAAGGAGUGGGUCCUCGAGCGAGACAGGGACGGCGGCGCAGAGCUCGUCCAGCAUUGCGGCGGCUGGGAGGAUGAGGCCAUUCUGGAUGGAGUUGCUAUAA